ACAACACAAAUAUCAUGGAAACCGCACACUGCUCUGAGCAACAGUUACCUUCCGGAGCUGAUGACAUGUUCAAGAUAUUGAAGCUCCACACUUUAUGUAAUUGGCAAGAACGAUAGACGACUCGACAGUUGCCUUCGAUACUCUAUUGCUGCUGGGAAGAAAGUUGUAGAGGCUGCUGAUCUUGGUGCCGAUAAGCGCUCAAAGGUCUUUGACGAGGAGUUUCUAUUUGGGAUGUUGUCAAAUUAUUUGAGGCAUGUAUAAGAACCAAUUGCAAGAGUUGGCUCAGAGAAGUUGCUUCAAUUUGCCAUCUUAUUCAUGCAUCCGAGAAGGACCAGACCAUGCCCCUCGAUUCAAAGCAACUGUCAACUUCAGUGGAGAAACUUUUGAAAGUCCUACAUUUUGCUCUACUCUUAGACAGGCAGAACAUGCUGCAGCAGAAGUAGCAUUGAACACACUUGCAAAAAGAGGCCCUUCCAGAGCAUUGGCUGCAAGAGUAUUGGAUGAAACUGGAGUUUACAAGAACUUACUUCAGGAAACUGCUCAUAGAGCUGGGUUGAACCUUCCUGUUUAUACGACUGUUCGAUCUGGACCAGGCCAUGUUCCUGUGUUCUCAUGUACAGUUGAGCUAGCAGGAAUGAGCUUUAUGGGGGAACCAUCUAGGACAAAGAAACAAGCUCAGAAAAAUGCUGCGAUGGCUGCUUGGACAGCCCUGAAAAAAUUGGCUGGACGUGGCUCAACUUCUUCAGCGGAGUCUAGAGGCAAUGAAGAACAAGAACAAGUAAUUAUUGCUCGUAUUCUUGGAAGUUUUCGGCCAUCAGAUUCUAAAAAUACUCAAAGUGAUCGCCGACAUGGACAGCAGACAUACAUUCCCAUCUACAACAAAUCUACCCUGCCAUCACCAAGCUUAUAUCCUAUGCAAUUCCAGAACUGGGCUUAUUCUAAUUAUUCCCCUGAAAUAGCAAUGUAUGAAUUGUGGCAGCAAGAGCAAGUAUUACAGCAACAAAAUCGCCUGCUGCCGCUUCCUAUUUCACUAGCUACUCCAUCUAUUCCUCAGAUGUUUCCAUUUAUGCAAUCUGUGCUCCACCCUGAUCACUGUCUAUACUUUCCAGCAAGGGGGCAACAGUCAACCUCUGCGGGACCUAGAAUUACAAUUGCUACCUCAGGCCCAUCAUUCUGCUUCUCAAACCAUUUAGUUCCUAACCCAAUCAGGGGCAAGUCCACAGUGACUAUUCAAGAGAUACAGGAAGAAAAGCCAGAAGAAUCACCCGAGUACUCUCCAUCUGUAGUGUCAGAUCCCUUUAGUCCUGGAAACAGCGGCACUGAACUACGAAUCCAGGAACAAGUUCAGGAUGAGAAACAGAAGCUUGGUGAGUUAGGAAGCAAAGUUGGAAGCCUUCAGCUGGAAUGCAACCCAACUGGGCAAUUUGGAUGGCCUCACCCUAGGAUCAUGGAUUCUAGUUUUAAGCCAGUUGACUUUGGAUUACAAAGGCCUCAUGGCUUUGACUCUUGUAGGCCCAAUUUGAGACCCCAAAAUCCUCCAAGAGUAAGUACUCCUACAAACCUAAGACCACAAUUUGCUGCAGAUCCUGUAAUAAUGAGAACUGUAAGCCCUGCUUCUUCACUGGGGUCAAGACCACAAAAUUUCCCAAGCAGGAUUCCUGCUCCACCAAGAAUGAGAACUGGGAUUCCUUCGUCUUCAGCCGCACCCAUGCCUGAAAGAAUAGAACUGGGAGGACUACGACCUAGCUUCAUGGCACCAGCUGUUCGAAUUAGAUCAGUUGUACCGGUUUGUUCAGCUCCACCAGCAAGAAAAAUGCCAAGUUCUAGCCAGAGGAGAGAGUUACCAAACAUGGAGAAGAAAGAUACCAAUCAAGAAGACAUGUCAAAAGCAAGUUGAGUGCUUAGUAAACUUCAUAUAUGAUUCAAGUAUAGAUAAUACAGAAGUCCUAUUAGUUUUUUGGUAGUUUAUGUUGUGAGCCAUUGAUGCUUCUGCAAAGUAAUUACAAAUAAAGCAGUAGUUUAUUUUUAUUUUUUGGAAUUCCUUGUAUAAAUUUGAGAUCAGAUUCUUUGAGCUUUAUCAGGAUUGAGACAUUUAUUCUUAUUUUUCAAAGUACGUGAGUGAUAUAUGUACUGGCUAAAGGUGGAGAGAAAUAUAGCUUUGUGUUUUUAUA